AGGUAAAUUGGCGCUUUUGGGGUUGGAGGUUGUUCUUCUCAUUGGUCUUGCAGCCGCCUCUUCGCUCUCCUUUGCUCUGGCCCGGAGUCGUUGCAGACUGCGGGCGGUGUUGGGGAAGGUAAAACUCGCAUGCUCUGGGGCCAGCGUGCAGCAGCCCCAUUUGCAGCCUUGCGUUAAAAGACCCUCCUGCUGCUCUCUGAGGGUGGUGGGGGGGGAGAGAGUUCUUCUGAGCCUCCUCUGCUUAGCCUUAAACAGGAUAAGGGCCGCUUAAUUGGAUUGCAAACCAAGAGGGGACUUGUGAUGCCUUAAAUAGGGGCGUCUGUGACAUGGAGUGGCCUUUCUGUCAGGUGCUGCAGUUCAGUUCAGAAGAUUCUCUAGGGAUAGUCUUGAAAGCCCAGUCUGAAAUUCUGGAGUUGUUCUGGUUGUAAUUCAACUAUGGCUACCUGUGGAGGCACACUAAAUGGAUCCUCUAACAAUGCAGAGGGAUUCUGCAAUUCCAGUGACAGUUCAUCCUUUCAGCCCAUCAAAACCCAGGUGGCCAUUCCUACAGCUCAUGUUAUGCCUUCCAUGCUGGAGAGUCCUUCCUGCAAGCCCUGCACUGUGGAUGAAUCAAGAACAUCUCUAGCUGUCCUGACUUCUUUCCUGCCUGGCCCGUCCAGUGACAUGGCAGGGCUGGUGACAAACUGUAAUGUUUCAAGGCACUCCCAGGAAUUCCCCAGGAGCCAUCUUCCGCUGUACCAGGCUUCACCGGAAAAUGGUUUUGAUCGCUCUCUGUUCCCUUCAUCUGAUCAAGCGAACACAGAAGACGCUGAGAUAUCUGGCAAGCUUGCUGAACACACUUUUAACCAUUCUGCAGUUCUGGAAAGGCACGAUCGUUCCUGGACCCAGCUCCAAAUGUGCGAUUCAAGUAUCAGGGCUGCUGACCUAGAAAAAGAACCACCUGGAGUGCAGUUUGAUUCUAAGCCUCCAACCGAGGCCAGCAAAAUAUGUGAAAAGCAGCUCUCUUUGGUGCCUAAUCCUCCCAUUACAUUUCCCAGCCCAACACCUGCUCAGUCUCAAAUGUGGACCCAGCAAAACUGUACACGACAUUCGCAUGAGAACUGUGCAUUCAGCGCCUGGAAACAGCAUUUGGAUCGGGUUCGGCUGCAGCUAGAUCAGAUGCAGCUGCAAAAUAAAUCCACUUGCUACCAUCCUCUAGUGAACAGCGCUUCUUCGCACUCUCUUGACCAGACGCAGUGGGUUGGUAUUGUGAAAGCGAAUGAGAAUCUACUCAGAGAGAAAGAAAUGCUUAUUGACAGGCAAAGGCAGCACAUUUUGCAGCUGGAGCAGAAGGUACGAGAAAGUGAGCUGCAGGUCCACAGUGCUCUCUUUGGCCCUCCCGCCCCUUAUGGAGACAUCUACUUGCUCAGAAUGCAGGAGUUGCAGCGGGAGAAUGUAUUCUUGCGUGCUCAGUUUACCGAAAAAACCGAAUCGCUGAGUAAGGAAAAGAUUGAACUGGAGAGGAAACUGGCCGCUUCAGAAGCAAUUGAAAAGCAGAUCCAGGAGUCUCAUAGGGAGACAGUACAGAAGUAUACAGCAGAGCUGAAGAAGCAAGAAGAAAGGGUAAAGGCAAGAGACAAACACAUUGAGCAGCUGAAGAAGAAAUGCCAAAAAGAAUCUGAGCAGAAUCAGGAGAAACAGCAGCGAAUAGAGACCUUGGAGCGCUACCUUGCUGAUCUUCCUGUGUUGGAGGAUCACCAGAAACAAAGUCAGCAGUUAAAAGAAUCUCAGCAGACAGUUGCAGUCUUGCAGGAAACCAUGACUGCCCUUAAGAAGGAACUUGGGGGUGUCCGUGCCAGUUGCAGAGAGAAUGAAUUGCAGCUAGAAAUGCAGAAACACAAAGAGAUGGAACUGCUCUCCACUGUGCACAGUUUACAAGAUAAGAUGCAGUGUGGGAAGACGUCAUCGGCAGAAGAAUAUGCCCAGGAGCUGGAGAAAAGGAAACAAGAGAAGGAUUCUCUGCAAAAAGAACGCAAUCUCCUCAGGAAGAUUGUAGACAAUCAAAAGAAGAAAAUGGAUCAGUUGUCCUCACAAGUGAUGGACCUGGAGAAACAGAUUAUUCAAGAGGAAGGCACAGGACAGGCACUGAGAAUGGAAGCCAUGAGGCAAGAGAGUACACUGCAGCAGCUUCGCUUGGCUGUGAAAGAGUUGUCUGCACAGAACCAGAAACUGAUUGAACAGAACCUGACUCUCCACGAGCGCUUCCGACAGGUUGAAACAAGCCAGCAGCUUCCUGGUGAGAUUGCCCGCUUUGCCGAAGAGCUGCACAAGGAGCUGGCCAUCUGCUUGGAGGACCUGCAGUCUAUCUACAGCGUUGUGACCCAGGGGACUCAAGGGAAGGAUCCCAAUUUGUCUAUGCUGUUAGGCAUUCACUCUGUGCAGUGCUCCGUUAAAGAACAGGGUGACUUGUUGAAGCCAGGCAUGCUUGCAAAGAAGCUGGAGGAUGUCAGACAGCUGCACAAGGAGAUUGAGGAUUUGCGGACUGCUCUCUGUGACCGAUAUGCUCAGGACAUGGGGGAUAACUGUGUCACGCAGUGAAGAGGAAAAUACAGGAUCUGAGGACUAAGACUGAUUGAAGCUGCUGCAGGAGGGGAUUCAGAAACUCCUUAAAUCAUUUCUGCUUGCAUGUCAGGUGAAGCCUAUUUCCCACAGCUGAGGAUCUGAGCAUUUCUUGUGCCAUGAUGAAUAUCGAUGUGUCUUCUAACAAGUUCGCUUUGGCAGCCUUGAGAGAAAUCCUGAAGGUUUGCUUACUAUAUCUGGUUCAGAUACCGGGUGAGUCGUUCAAUAGCUCCUUCUUCUAUCGACUGCAGUUCUAGGGCUGCGUUGCACAGGGCAAGUUCUUCUACAUUCUCGCUGCUAUGUGUCCUCCUCAGCCAGGUGUCUGUUGUCUGAUGGAGAAAUAUCGGGGUUCGUGGAAAUGGCCAACGGUCCAGUGUGCUGCGUUUUCCUUACCCAGUUGUAGGCAUGUAUGUGGUUAAGGGCACAUGGUAGCUCUCUGCAGAAAAGUGGAUUAGUUUGUCUGGCUAGCUGCCUUUGUACAAAUGUGUUGCACAAAAAGUAUGUCCGUGAGGAAAAUGCAUGCCAGCAGCUCCAGAUACUUAAAGAGAUUUCCAAUAAAACAUUUAAUUCAGUUCUAAAGUUCUCAGGUUUGAAAGGAACCAGCAAGAAGUCUUGAUGAUACACUGUAGCUGUCUGAUUCCUUGCUCAUUUAAUGGGUUCGUAACUAGAAGCCUUAUAACCAAAUCUUUGUCUUCACUUGCCUAAUUGCAGGGCAGCAGGGAAGUAUGAUCUGUACAGUUGCGCAAGUUAACAGACUGUGCAGGUGCUCCUUUACCUAAGUCCAAACUUGCUACUCUGGAGUGUGGAUUUUCACACAGAUGUGCCUUUUAAAAAGAAUACACACCGACAAAUUCGCCUACAUGGCAGUAGCCACCACUUCCCCCCCCCCCCCCCUCUGAGUAGCUCCUGGGAUGCUUUCUAGCCAUCAUGCAACUUUGCCUUUCAGACUAAAAUUUAUACUGAUUUCCAUGAAAGACAGGCUGGUGGAAUUCUGCUGCUUAAUCAUUGACUGAGCUGCUGUAAAAAUCUAGGAGAUGAGGUGGUAUAGAAAGUAGGUGGGAAGGCUCAGUGUGGCCUUACAUGAGGAACACUACGUGCAUAAGGAAAAUUUGUACCCUGGGAGAAAGCUAAGGUAGGUCUUUUCUCCGUGACCUGCUGCUGUUCCACAGGGUUUUGUUUUUUUUGUGGGGGAGGAUGUGAGGGGGAGAGACUUUUAGCCACGCAGCAGUUCCCUCAACCUUCUGAAGCAAUACAUAUACAAAUAUUGUAAUCUGUUUCUCUACCCUCAGUUUCGGAAUAUCUGCACAUCUCUAAUUUGAGCUUCAGAGACCACCUGACACAUGGCUGUUGAUAAAAGUACCAUGAGUUGAAAAGGGGGAACUUGGUCAUUGGGUUUACUUGCAGUGUAUUUAAGCCUCCUGUGAGCCUUUAGGGAGCAAAGACAUACGAACACGUUCUGAACAUCUAGAAAGUGGGGCCCUGUGAGUCUGUUUGAAGGUUAAAUCUAUUCGGAUUUUCAAAUCAAGUACAGAAAAGAACUUUCCCAGGCCCUAGUCAUUUACAAAAGAUCCUUUCUGUGUUAGACCAAAGUCAGAAGAUCCAUCCCGAGGCGGUCUUAACAAUUCAAAUCACUUUAAACGGUUUAAAAAUAAUUUGAGAUAUAGCUUAAGCUUCAGUGUGGUACUGAAUGUUGAAGUAUUUUUUGUAAAAGUUGCCUGAAUAGCACUUGCUUUGUGAGAACUUCCAGUGCUGUUAUUACCUAAGCAAAAUUCUUCCAGAGUAAAAUUAAAUGCCAAAUUGCCAUAAGUUUGCAGAAAUGUGGUAUAUAGUCUUUUAAUAACCUUUGCCUCCUCAGUGCUGGUUCCAGAAUGGGAAGGGACUCUUUAACUAUAAAUAAGCCAAGGGCCUUUGUUGCUUGGUUUUUGUAAUAUUUGACAGAGCUUGUCUGCAUACAUGCAAAUCCUCAGGUAUACAAUUUUAAAUGCUGUCGUGCUUGCAUCUCUUGUGCAACGCAUUUUCCUUGCAUUGUGUACAUAAUAUUUUUUUAAAUAAAAGUGGAUUUUCUUGUUUUCGAAA